GCAUUCAUCUCCUUUCUCCUUUUUUCAUUUUUGUUCACUUUGCUCUGUCCAUCCCUCUCUCUCUCUCCCUAUGUAUUUAUAGAUCUCUCUCUCCCUCACUCCCACUCACUCCCCCUCUUUCCACCUUCCCAGUCACUGAUUGGUUUGCAACCUGUGUGCUACUGACAGGCAAAUCCUUAAUACAGAGAGAGAGACACAGAAUGAGAAGGGGACUAGGAAAAAUGGAAAGAGAGAAGUAAGAGUCCUAGAAAAAAAGAAAGGCAAUCAGCAGGUCCAGAGCAGCUUACCUGUACCUGUGAGACAGAACCAAGCGACGUAGUGGCUGGCAAGAAAAAAACAUCUUUACCCGAGAUGUAGCAUCAGACACAGCUGCACAACCUCAUUCCUUUAAAGUUCAAUGUGUGCCUGACUAUUGGAGAAUCUUCUGGAAAGUGAGAAAUGUUUAAAACCAGCCUUUUGAAGAGAACCUCUGUACCCCACUUAAUGAACCACUUUGACAUUUUCUCAUUGUUGAAACCAAAUACACGACCAGCUAUAAGAAAAGAAAUGAAGAAAAAACAAUCCCUUAUAUCUAAAUACAUUUGACUAUCCUAAGAAGAAUUUCAUGCAAUUCUAAUAAACAACAAAUAUUCACAUAAGUCAUGUAUAAGAGUAGGUAAGAUAAGUAGGUUCUUUGUAGAAAGAAUAAAAUAAAAAAAAUGUGUCUUACAUAUGGACAUUAUCUGGUUAAUACAUGAAAACCUGCUAUUGAGAGUACAGUAUUGUAUAAUUAAAUACAACUGAGAGCAUAAUAUUAUGAAAAAAACGUCAAAUAUGGAAAGUGAUGUAUGUUCUAAAUUCCAUACUUUUUCCAACCAAAGAAAGCUUUUUUAGAAGAAGCAUUUUGCAUUAACCUCUCUGCAGAAAUGACACCAACUUCUCCAACUACUUUUGCAAGCUCCUAUACUGAGGUUAACACAACCAUCUAUUUGAAUGUUUCAUCUACCCAAAGUUUAACAGCCCCAGGACUCCUCAUCCCUCUUGUCUACCUUGUGGUAUGUGCAGUAGGGUUGUGGGGUAACACUCUUGUCAUAUACCUUGCAUGGCGCAGUCCUGCAGGCCAGAAUUCAGUAACUGCCCUCUAUAUCCUGAAUCUGGCACUGGCUGAUGAUCUUUUCAUGUUGGGCUUACCUUUUCUCGCUGCCCAGAAUGCACUUUCCUACUGGCCCUUUGGCUCUCCUGUUUGUCGUGUGGUAAUGACCCUGGAUGCAGUUAAUCAAUUCACUAGCAUAUUUUGCCUGACUGUACUCAGCUUGGACAGAUAUCUAGCUGUGGUACGUCCAACCCAGUCAGCAAAAUGGAGAAGACCCAAAGUGGCUAAAUGUGUAAAUAUGACAGUGUGGAUUCUUUCUUUCUUGGUUGUGCUUCCAGUAGUUUUCUUCUCUGGAGUCCCUGGAAAUUCAGGAACCUGUCACAUUGCAUGGCCUGAGCCAGCACAGGCCUGGAGAACUGGCUUUAUCAUAUACACUGCUGCACUAGGCUUCUUUUGCCCACUAUUUGUGAUCUGUAUCUGCCACGUGCUAAUUGUGGCCCAGUUAAGGUCAUCUGGCCAGCGAGUCAGAGCGGCCUCAAACCGGCGGCAGGGUCCAGAGCGCAAAGUAACCAAAAUGGUGGCUCUUGCAGUGACAGCCUUCAUUAUCUGCUGGCUGCCCUUUUAUGCCCUAAAUAUAAUCAAUCUUUUGUGGCCACUCCCAGAAAGUCCCAAAUUAUAUGGACUCUACUCAUUUGUGGUGGCUCUUUCCUAUGCAAAUAGCUGUCUUAAUCCUAUAAUUUAUGCUCUUCUUGCCCGGCCUUUCCAACGAGGCCUACGGCGUGUUCUCUGUAGGACCUCUGUGAAGGUAGCUCAUGGAGUGAUGAAAGGAGGUGAUGAAGGAGCACGGGGAGAGCUAAGCAGGGUUAGUGGUAUCUCCCAGGAAGUGAAGAGUUUAAGAGUAGAGGAGAGAAAGGAAAAUGGGGGAGCAGAUGUGAUUGAGGACCAUGAACAUCAUGAAGUGGGCACAUCUGCACAGAAGGCUCUUCCAGAGGAGUUAGGGGCAAGCGAGAAAGAAAACAUGCUGGGAAUAAGUUACUUAUGAACCAAAAAAAGCAAACAGACUUUGUUACGCUGACAACAGGUUAAAAUCAUUCAAUUACAGUUCUGAGAUACAAUAAACCUUUAGUUUUUAUUACAAAGCUUGAACAUCAUCAGCACAUUGAAAAAAGAAAA